AUGUCCGUUGGAAAGAAUAAGCGUCUCUCGAAAGGCAAGAAGGGUCUCAAGAAGAAGGUUGUCGAUCCCUUCACCCGCAAGGACUGGUAUGAUAUCAAGGCUCCUUCGACCUUUGACGUUCGCAACGUUGGCAAGACCCUCGUCAACCGUACCCAGGGUAUGAAGAACGCCAACGAUGCCUUGAAGGGCCGUGUCCUUGAGAUCUCUCUCGCUGACUUGAACAAGAACGAGGAGUACUCGUUCCGCAAGGUCAAGCUGAGAGUUGAUGAGGUCCAGGGCAAGAACUGCCUCACUAACUUCCACGGUAUGGACAUGACCUCGGACAAGCUCCGCUCCAUGGUCCGCAAGUGGCAGUCCAUCAUCGAGGCACACGUCGAUGUCAAGACCACUGAUGGCUACUUGCUCCGCCUCUUUGCUGUUGCCUUCACCAAGAAGGGUAUGAACCAGGUCAAGAAGACCACCUACGCCCAGUCUGCUCAGAUCCGUCAGAUUCGCAAGAAGAUGUUCGAGAUUAUGAUUGCCCAGGCUACCUCGUGCGACUUGAAGGAGCUCGUCCACAAGUUCAUCCCUGAGGUCAUUGGAAACGAGAUUGAGAAGUCUUGCAAGUCCAUCUACCCCCUCCGCGAUGUCUUCAUCCGCAAGGUCAAGAUCCUUAAGGCCCCCAAGUUCGAUCUUGGCAAGCUCCUCGAGCUCCACUCUGGUGCUGACAACGAGACCGGCGCCAAGGUCGACCGCAAGGACUUCAAGGAGCCCGAGGUCCUCGCUGAAGUUUAAGAGUUGCUUUUGUUUCGAGCAGUUUGAAAGACUUCUUUGAGUUCCUACCACCACAUUGAGAAAAAUAAACACUUUUCGUGAUCGUGCGACACGGCCAUCUUAGUUCUAUCUUUGCCCUGUGCUCAAUGCAUGUCUAAUUUGAAGUAGAUUUUACGCAAGUGUCCU